AUGAAGGUGGCGACUCCGAGGGGUCCAGUCUUGAUGAGCAUAGCAGGGACGAUCACCAAGAGACCAAUAGAAGCACUGAUAGAGUCCAUGGAUGUUGACAAUCAGGCAACUGAUGGUAGCAAAGAUGGGUCUAACAACUUCAUUCCAUCUUGUUCCUCAGAGUCAUCUAGUAGCAAAGAAGGCUCCGCAAUGUUUAUCAGCUGCAAGGAGCAAGAUGACUUGGAAAUGGAAACACAAUCAAAGGAUGAUCAUCUAGUGAAGAUCCCAAUCCCCCUGUAUUUGUCUGGUGUUGUUGUAUGUAUUGCUUUUGUGAACAUCCAUUAUGUUGUUAAGAACAAAGCUUAA